UCCACCUCCGGUGCCCACUCCGCCUCCAUCCCCGACAGCUCCGCCAGAGGCGGUGCUUCGCGCAUGGAGAAACUCGUCCGUGUUCACCUACGGGAAGUUCGCCGCCAUGGGCUUGGUCGCAGCUUUUCUCCUGUACUUGUUCUGGCGCCGCGCCCGCGGCUGGAAUGUCGGCGGCGGCGACGACAUUGGUGGGCCCGAUCCUGGGGAAGGGGGCGGGAUGCACGGCGCAGAAGGCAGAGGACUCCUGGACGCCCUCGGCGAAGUGCUGGGACAAGAGAUCAACGACGGCGAUGGCCAGGGCGGGGGUGGUAACCCUCUGCUCAUCAGAAGAGGCGUCCCUUCGGACCUACAGCUUCAGGCACUUUUUUUGUCUGGUGGAGACCUUGGUGCUGACUUCCUUAGGGAUUUCUCGAUAGUUGAUUCAACAUGCAAUAUUUCUGUAAAGCUGAUUCUUGGUGCGAAAAUCAAGCGAUAUGCUCUGGAACAACUGAAGCUUACACUUGAAAGAUAUGACAGCAGAUUCAGAGAUAUGAGUCUACCAUGGCUACUUUCCCUGGCUGAAAACGGACAUGGGAAGCUCGUGCCGCGAAAUGCAUUCAGUCAAACAAAUUACAUCCAAUGCUACAAGAUGCAGGGGAAAGUGAUGAAAAGUCUGCUUUGGUUAGCUGGAUUUGCAGUUUGAACAAAAUCAAGCUUCAAGAUGUGAUAGAGCGUUGUUCAGCAAGGGGGGUAUUUGUGUUGAGGAGCUGACAGGGAAGCCUUUCUGAUGGGGAUAUGGAGCAUACACGCUGACGAUAUGGCUAAUACGGAGGGAAGAUUCAGGAAGUGAUGCUGAUUCGGAAACAGAAGUGGCAGACGGUUUUUGUGCACCCCAAGCUGGGGGUUUGCAUUUUUCCUUGUUUGGUGGACAAUACAAACUACACGCCGAUCAAUGUAUAUUAGCUGAUUCAGGUAUAUAAACAUGUUAAUAGAACAUAUAAACUGUGGAACCAUGUCCCAGAAUUCAGAAACUGUAGGCAUCA